AUGAUGGUAUCAUCCAAUAUAACUAUGAUUAUUUCAAUGUGGAAUGAUACAUCAACAAAAAUUAAUUGUUAUUUUUCUAUAUUUUUAUUUAUAUUUGGAGUUAUAGGUAAUAUUUUAAAUACAUUUGUUUUAUCUGAAAAAUCCCUUCGAUCAAAUUCAUGUGCAUGGUUAUUUCUUAUUUCAUCUAUAUUUAAUCUUAUUUCAAUUUUAUCUGGAUUACCAACAAGAGUAUUAUCUACGUGGACUAUUGUUAUAACUGAUCAGAUUGAAUGGUUAUGUAAAUUACGAGCUUUUACUGUAUUAACAUCAAGAACAAUUGCAGCAUGGCUUAUAAUGUUAGCUACAUUUGAUCGUUGGUUAUUAUCAUGUAAACAAAUUCAAUAUCGACGUAUAAGUAAAUUACAAAAUGCAAAACGUGGAAUAAUUAUUAUUAUAAUUCUAUCAAGUUUUCUUCAUUUACCAACAUUUUAUUGUUAUCAUGCAAAUCUUAAUAAUACACCACUUAAAUGUUAUAGUAAAACAAUAAAAUGUCGAAUAUUUUCCGAUCAAAUUUAUGUAUGUUUUACAAUAUUAAUGCCAAUAAUAUUAAUGAUAUUAUUUGGUUUUUUAACAUUAUCAAAUAUACGUCAAAUGCAUCAUCGAGUACAAAUGUCACUUAUACCAAAAUCAGGUCAAACAAUAGUUAGUAAUGAACAUCGACAACGAUUAAAAUUAAUCGAUCGUCAUCUUUUUAUAAUGCUUCUUAUACAAAUUAGUUUUAUAACUUUAUUUACAUUUCCACAAGGUAUAGAAAUGAUUUAUUUAACAAUAACAAGAAAUGUAUUUAAAUCAUCAUUACAAAAUACAAUAGAAAAUUCAAUUUUUACAUUUAGUCUUUCAUUAACAUAUUUAGCUAGUGCAAUGCCAUUCUAUAUUUACACGAUAACGGGUGGUCGUGUUUUUCAACAAGCUGCUUUCAAGUUAAUUAAACGUAUUAUUCGAUGA